AACGCAUGAUGAUGGUUGUGUUGUGGGUGAAGAGGGCGUUGUUGAGUAGGUGUUGGAGGCUGAAGAGCUCAGAGAUAUCAAGGAAUGACUAAGUUGGAAUAUUAGAGAGCGACUGAGCGAGAGACACCGUAGGCUGUUUGCUGGCUUGGGAUGAGGAGGACAAGAAAAAGUGUUGAUGGAACAGGUCGAUGAGGGCAGAUAUAUACUCUGCCCGUCGACAGCGUCGUCCCCAUCACACCCCCUAAGUGCCUCCCUUCAUCUCAACGAUAUUGGUUCUGAGGUCCUCCACCCUGGGUCUUGGCACCAUGGAUACCACGCGGUAGAGAUGGUCACCAACCGGAUGGUUUUGACCAGGACCAGCGGUGUUUCAUUCCCAAAACUGCCGCCCAAGGGUCCUAACUAUGGACAGGGUGUCUGUGGAUCCGACACCGUGCAUGGCAACCCAAAGGCACGGGUUGCUGGCCAAGGGGUUCACGGCCCCCGCACAACUACUACUGUGGCACUAGCUGUGGCAGGAAGGCCGAUCACAAUGUUACGCGCCCGUCAAUAUGCCGAGAAACUUGCUGGCCGUUAUUGCGCCAGUGAUGGUGAACUGUGCGCCUUCGAUAUCCCACUCCUAAGUGUAGACAGCUUCCCUAGGAGACGUUACCGAAAGCGGAAAAUUCGGGCUGCCGUGUUGGCUGCCCCGUCCCCCUUUUCCCCCGAUCUCAGCGAGAUAUAUCCAGAAACAUGCACACACACCUGCGGUUAUACCAUGGUUACCCAGCAGAAAUCGAAACGCGCGCAACCCAUUUUGCAUGAAAACGCAGAUUUAACGACAUUAGCCUGUUUCUAACUCGAGUGGGAGAAAACAUGCCGCCAUCUUCGAAAAGAGCCAUGGUGAUGACUAUCAAACGGCCUAGUCAGCCGAUCACAACUGGCUGCUCGAGAUUUGAUUGGGACUUGAGAUGGCCUGCUAGCAUUGGAAGGCCUGCAUCGAUCCGCACGUGCCUGAUGGUAUAGGGAGGGUUUGCAGGGCUCACGGCGAGGGACUCUUGCCGACAACCCUGCAUAGAUUGAUCAACCUGGUAUCGCUACCGGUAUUCACCGACUCGACGUAUCUCAACUCUCCAAGCGGGGGAUCAUACCGUUCCUCCCCAUCCACGUCUCUUUG